AUGCCUCCCACCGUCAUCCUAGUUCGCCACGCCCAAGCCCGGCACAACUAUGACAUUCCCGACCCGGAACUCUCAGAGCUGGGCCAGCAGCAGUGCCGCGCGCUCGAGCAGCAUCUUCGUCAGCAUCUGCCGCUUGCCGACAAGGUCGAGCGCAUAAUCACUAGUCCCAUGCGACGCACAUUGGAGACCACCACUCUGGGUCUUGACUGGCUUAUCAAACGAGGUGUCCCUGUAGAAGCUGAUGCUCUCUGGCAAGAAAACUCCGACAAACCCUGCGACACGGGCAGCCCUCUCGCCGACAUGAAACCCCUCUUCCCACACAUCGACUACACAACCGUCGACUCCCUUUGGCCCUCCAAAACCGGCCCUUAUGCCUUCACCCGCAGUGCAACCAUCGCCCGCGGCCAAUCCUGCCUGCACUCUUUGUACUCUCGCAAAGAAAAAGUGAUCGCCGUAGUCUCUCACUCGGGCUUCUUGAGAUGUGCAAUCAGUCUUUGCAAAUACGCUAAUGCUGAUUAUCGUGUUUUUGAAUUCAAAGACAAGGCAGAGGGUGAAGAGUUAGAGUUGGUGGAGUGGAAGUUGACGGAGAGCAAUGGGGGUGGAUUGGGGGAGAGCGAGAAGGGGAGGGCGAAGAUUGAAGAGACUGACUUCCCCGAGGAGCAGGCUGAGGAGGUUGAGCAGCAGUUGGGUGGUAAGACUGAUGGUGAGGCUGUUAAGGAGGUUCCUGAGAAGAAGUAG